UGAACCGAGAUGGGGGGACGGCACGUGUUGAUUCUCUGUGUGUCGCUCAUCAAUGCUGUACUGGGGUCCCACAUGCAGGGUGGGUCUAUGUCAUUCAGACCACGUGAGAAAUAUUCCAACGGAUGGGUGGUUGAUUUUAAAUACGAAACAGCAUUUACUGAUCCAUCAUAUAGAUUUUCUUGGGGCUGUAAUUCUGGAAAUUGUGGUAGUGAGUUUCAGAACACCGUUAUACCCAUGGAAAACAGGACCUCCAGCCCCAGCCAUUGGUACCAGGAUGAAGGAUAUAUGAAAAGACGUGUACCUAUCGACAAACCUUUCCAACUAAGAGAGAGCAGUUGCUGCUGGGUAUAUAACGUUUACACAGAAGGAGGAUGGGAACUUUUAACAGCAGUGGAUUUAGGAACAAGAUCUGAUACCAAGAAACCCAACUCCUCUCCUGUGACUACUAUCAUUCCAAUUUUAAGGAUUCCACAGAACUGUGCAACCACUAUUACGUUAUUGGCCCAUGACCCGGAUGGAGACCUUGUAACCUGCCAAUAUGGAUAUUACUAUGGGGAAUGCGGAUUAUGUAACCACUAUUUUUCUGUAGAUCAGAGGCGCUGUAUUAUAUCUUUUCCAUCGGGGAUGAGCACAGGCUCCUAUGUCAUGGAAAUGGUUUUGGAAGAUUUCCCCAACAAAAACAUUCACCUUACCUAUUAUGACCGGACAGUGGUCUACAAAAAUAGUCCUUACCAUCGCAAGACCCGAGAGGCACCAAACAAAUCAGACAAGUAUUGGUACUGGGAUUAUACAAGUGUAGAAACAUUGACAGAUUCAUAUGAAUUCACAGACUCUGUCACAGAUUAUCCUGAUUAUGAAUUGUUAACCACAUUUACAGAGGACAUUCAGACUCCCGAGUAUCCCGAAGACACUACUCAACUUACAGAAACUUCUAUAGAUACUACAUUUUUUCUCCUCUCAGAAAUUACUGAAGGUACUGUUACGGAAGCAGGUACAGAAGAUUUUGAGGAAACCACUGAUGUUCAAGAGGCAACUCAUCAAUUUACCACUGAGGAUGUGGCCUUCCCAUAUGAAACUACUGGAUGGGAUUUCUACCCAACUCAACAACAUGAAACAGUAACGAUUACAGAUGAUCCUGAUCUUGAAGUUUCGAGUCAUCUCCCAGAAACUACUGUAGGCCCUUUUGCGGAAACAACUGCACAAUAUUUUGAGGAAACCACUGAUGUUCAAGAGGCAACUCAUCAAUUUACCACUGAGGAUGUGGCCUUCCCAUAUGAGACUACUGGAUGGGAUUUCUACCCAACUCAACAACAUGAAACAGUAACGAUUACAGAUCAUCCUGAUCUUGAAGUUUCGAGUCAUCUCCCAGAAACUACUGAAGGCCCUUUUGCGGAAACAACUGCAGAAUAUUUUGAGGAAACCACUGUUGUUCAAGAGGCAACUCAUCAAAUUUCCACUGAGGCCGUGACCAUCCCAUAUGAGACUACUGGAUGGGAUUUCUACACAUCUGUACAACAACCAAUCUAUACAAACUCCUUGAGUAGAAUCCCUCUGCAGUUUUUAGUAGAAGCCACUAGUCCGGCUCCAACCUGUUCAUUUGGCGAAUACAGACCGAGAUUUCUUUCUCCGACUCCCAGUCAUGGAACAAAGUUGCUGGUCAACGCUGGAAGAAAAUUCCAACUUCACCUUACUGCGCAAGCAGCAUAUGAAAGAAUUUCAGACUUUAAAGUCAGUGGGCUUCCCGGUAUGACCAAGACAUUUACAUCCUCAUCACAAUCGAAUACAAGGAGUAUGGUCGUGGAAUGGACACCAAAGGAAGAUAAUGUAGGAGAACACGUGGCUGUUUGCUUUGUGGCAGAAACUACAAAUGGGUACCAGUCAGAACUACGAUGUGUCGUGGUAGUAAUAGGACCCUCAAAAUUAGACACCUCCUUGAUAUGCCAUGAUAACACCAUGACUUUGAUCAUUGCUACGUCAGCAAAUGAUCAACUUAAUAACAUCCAGUUACGCCUGAAUGAUCCCAAGUGUCUGGUUAGCUCCAACAACACCCACCUUAUAGCCAGUGUUGGAUACAACUCCUGUGGGACAGUGACCGAGGAAACGGAGGAAAAUAUAGUGUUCAAAAACACAGCCACCAACCACGACAUGUCCUCUGUGAUCACAAGACAAAAUGGGAUUUCUAUCCCUUUUAACUGUUCCUUCCCUAAAAAGAACAGAGUAUCGGCCUCAUUCCGUGCCCAUAGGUCAGAUUUCAUAUUCACUGAGGCCGGCUUUGGUAAUUUCACCUACAAGAUCCAGUUCUUCACAGACAGUCGGUUUGUGGAGGUGAACACACAGUCUCCUCUGGAGGUCAUACUGAAGGAACUACUGUAUAUGGAGAUUCAGGUUUCUUCAUCAGUGCCCAAUAUCGAGCUAUUUGUGGAGUCCUGUAAGGCCACGCCACAUGACAAUCCGUCCGAUCCCAUCUUCUAUAACAUCAUCGAAAACGGGUGUAUAAAGGAUAACACAGUGGUGGUUUAUCCCGGAUCAAAUACAAAGUACAGGUUUGCAAUGGAGGCCUUUGGAUUCAUUGGAGAUUAUCCAGAGGUUUACAUGAACUGCAUUGUUAUCUUAUGUAAGACGGGAGCUCCAAAUACACGUUGUACCCAGGGCUGUGUCACAAACUCAAUGGAAGCUUCCAGCAGAUACAGAAACAGACGAUCUUUAAUAUCGGAGUCUCAGCAGCACUUUAUCUCUCAGGGCCCUAUGAGCAUGAAGAGAGAGACUGUCACUGACAAAGGUGAAGAGAAAACCUCUGCGUUGAAUGUAAACACGUUGGUGAUCGCGCUGUCAGUAAUGGCCACUGUGGGGAUGAUCUCAGUAACGUUAAAUAUCUACAUGAAGAGAGUCAGGACUGCCAGAUAUCAGAGACUUCAUACACAAGAUUUCUGAUCCCUGUAGAAGCAAAAGGAACUCUACUAAAACAUCAGCGCAUUAUACAUAAUUAUUAAGAUCAAUAAGAAACCAACAUUUCUUGGGCAUUGCUGGAGCUUAGAUUGCUAUUCCCAUGUUUAAAGUGCUCUGGUACUUAAAGUGAACCUUCAGUAAUUUUUUCAUCUUUCCAUCUAUUAAAUUCUCUGCCCUUAUUGUUUUAA